UGCUCUGAAUUGCUGCCUCCCCCGCUCUUGUGCGUGGCGCCCAGCCGGCACGGAAGCUCUCCUCGCGCUAGCUAGCUAGCUAGCUGCUCCAAAUAGCAAGGCCACCAAGUGAGGGAGCCAGGCAGGCAGGCAGCCAGCACGCCCACCAGGCCACCUCCCUUUCCUUCCCCUCCCGAGGGCAUGCGUGCGCGGUCCAAGCGUGCCAAUUGACUCGCGCACGCUCUCUCAGUCCCAGACUCCCACUCUCCCAGUCCCAGCCCUCUCUCCCUGCUGCACCGUGUCCUACUUACUCCUAGCGAGCUCGUCAGCCGCAGUACCUUGCUCCGCCUCCGACCCCGGCGCGAGCGGGAAUCUACACCCACGUGCUCGCGGCCGUCCAUGGGCUGGCCGCCGAGCAGCGGCUGGGGCGACCGGCGACGGAACGUGUCCGCCGCGGCGCUGCUCUUCCUCCACCUGCUGCUACUCUUCUCCGCCCCCGGGACGUGCACGCCGGCGAGAGGGGUGGCGCCGCCGCCGACGACGGAGCAGGACGGGUACUCCUGGUCCUGGUGGGACCCGGCGGCGACGGCGGCGCGCAGGGGGCUGGUGGGGCCGGGGUCGUCGCCGCCCACGUGCCGCAGCCGCUGCGGGGGCUGCCACCCCUGCCGCCCCGUCCACGUCGCCAUCCAGCCCGGCCGCAGCUUCCCGCUCGAGUACUACCCGGAGGCCUGGCGCUGCAAGUGCGGCAACAAGCUCUUCAUGCCCUGACCGGUCCAACGGCAACGACAACGGCGACGGCGACGGCGGCGCCACCUCUCCCUGCUGCGCACACGCUGGUACCGGUGCACUGGUGCAUCUCUCACUCACUGGAUCUAUCUAGCUCGUCAGGCUAAGGCAGCAGCGGGCUGCGUCGCCGUGGCUGGUGCCUGCACGUACCGCACUGCACGCAUACAUGGGAUCGAAGGCUAGCUCUGUCUACCAGUGCUACUGCUGGUGUAGGUGUACACACAGAGAGACAUGGAGAACACGGCAAGGAACAAGUAAGAAUAGGACACGAGACGACGAAGAGAUCUGCCCAUGGAACAAAGAGGCCUCGAUUCCGUCAUCUAAUGACUGGAAGAGCAUUUGCCGAGUUCUUGGAGACUGAUGAUGAUACGAGCUAGUCUGGUACUCCCUGCUCUAUGUUGUAAGUAACCUCCUGUGUGUGCUGUGUGUACCAAAGAGCGAGCGAGCGAGAGAGAGACGUCGAUGUCGCCAUUUUUGUUCUUCCUUUCGCUACGGUUCUUGACAUGCAUGUUAGUGACUGAAAUCCCUAUCCCUGUGAUUAUGAUCUGUGACGUGAUUCCAUUGACAUACUGACUUGGAUCUGAUGCGACGAUUAUGACGA